GGCGGAGCGGGUGGCACGGCCCGGCCAGGCUAAGCACGGCCCGGCCCGGCUCGGCACGGCAUGGCGGCCGCCCCCGCCGGGCUUUUCGCCGUCUACAAGCCCCCGGGGGUGUCGUGGUGCCGCGUCCGGGACGCGGUGCGGGCGCGGCUGCUGCGCGAGCUGAACGAGGCCCCGGCGCCCCCCCCGAGGCAGCGCAUCCGCUUCCUGCCCGCAGCCCCCGGUGCCGGUGGGGCGCCGGGCUUGGUGCCCGCCUGGGUGCCGGUGCUGGCCGAGCACCCCCUCGUCCGAGGCCCCCGGUUCACGCAGCUGAAGGUCGGCGCUGGUCACCGGCUGGACGUGAAGGCCUCCGGAGUCUUCGUGCUUGGCGUGGGCCACGGGAACAAGCUGCUCACGGAUCGGUACCACUGCCACCUGACCAAGGUUUACACCGUUGGUGGGCUGUUUGGUAAAGCUACUGAGGACUUCUCAGACACCGGGAAGCUGGUAGAGAAGGCGACAUUUGAUCAUAUCACAAGGGAGAAGCUGGAACGGAUUCUCGCUGUCAUUCAAGGAACAAAUCAUAAGGCCUUGCUGAUGCAUUCUAACAUUGACAUGAAAACACAAGAGGCGUAUGAGCUGGCUGUCAAUGGUUUGAUUCGUCCCAUGGGAAAGAGCCCACCGAUAAUCACAGCAAUCCGAUGCCUCCAGUUUGCGCUUCCAGAAUUCCAGCUAGGAAUCUCUCUGACCUUCUAGAAAUCCACUGCGUGCAUGAGACUCAGCAGUACCUCCGAAAAAUAGUUCACGAGAUUGGUCUGGAGCUGAAAUCAUGUGCUGUGUGCACACAAGUGCGAAGAAUACGCGAUGGUGUUUUCACACUGGACGACGCUCUCCUGAGAACGCAGUGGAACCUGCAGAGCAUACGGAAUGCAAUUUCGGACUGUCAGCUUAAAGUGAGAGCAGAGCUGGAGAAAACACUGGGCCAUCAGGAUAAAAGCGUUCAUAAGAUGGCUGCUGAGAUGGCCCACGCUGCUGACAGCUGAGCGUGCGCUACGGAAGGAACAUCCACAAGCAAUCUCUGUAGCACAAUAACGUAGCUGCACGCUGACAGAAUGAUGGACAGCAGAAGGAAAGAGGUUAAUUGCAGUUCACUUCCACCCUUGCCUUGAGAUGACUUUAAUCAGAGAGGCAUUUUUUCAUUGA